AUGGCUGCUUCUUUCAGCUUGGACGAAAAGCGAUUUGUUCUCGCAGAGAUGAUCAAAUGCAGCUCAGUUGAUGUCGACAUGUUGAUACGAUUUGUCGAGUCAAAUGUGUCCGACCCCAACUGGAUGAUUAUGCAAAUCCCGCCAGGUCGCAAUCUGGAACAGUGCAUGCAAGUCGCGAAUCGGUCGCCGACAGCCCCAAACCAUAGAUCCGCAAUGUCUCAAAACGACCAUCUGGCCAACAGCGGUAUGAAUCAUUCAAGACAGUUUGCGCCGAGAACAAGUCCUGGUGGCCAAACUCCUGGGGUUAUGCCAAUGUCGCCCGUCAAUAUGGCUCCGUGGCCACCAGCGGAUGGUGCUGAGGACAGACGUGCACCGCCCUACGAAGCUCCAAAUGCCCCUGCUCCUAGAAAGAGAGGACGUCCUUCACGAGUAGACAGAAACACAGCUGUGCCUCCUCGUCUUGCCAACAUCGCCCCCAGACCUCCUCAGUCCGUUCCGGGCUCUAACACACCUCGGCCUAUUCUCCCGGCUAUUCAGCGCCAAGCUGAUACUCGAAGCUCUCAGCCGCCACCUCCAGCGCAGGUCCCACUAAUGCUCGACUCUCCACCGAGUAAGAAAAAAAGAAAGACGAGCGCAGGUGCAGUUUUGGUUUCCACCCCGCCUCCUCCUCCUUCUGUUACCACACCUCCUGCGUCGGUGGAUCACGAGAAACGACCACGAGAGUCGAGCGAGGCAAAUUCCACAAAUGGACGUGAGAAUAUACGUGAGAUGGGACAAAUACAGUCUCCUCGCCCAAUGCCGCUUGAACCGGAGCCACGACAUCAUCCCUCCCUCAUGCCCGUAGCCUCCGCGGCACCAUCUCAAAUCAAAGCUUAA